AUGGGUUGGUUCGGGUUAAAGGGCGGAUGGCUCACCUUCUGGGUGACGGUCGCCUGCGCGACAGACAUGACGCUCUUCGGCUAUGACCAGGGCGUCUUCGGCGGCGUCAUCGUCACAAACGACUUCCUCGAGACCAUGGGCAUCGUCGGCGACGACAAGCUCCAGUCCACCGUCACGGCCAUCUACGACAUCGGCUGCUUCCUCGGCGCCAUCUCCACCAUCUGGAUCGGCGAGCGCUGGGGCCGCAAGAACACCAUCCUCGUCGGCACCACCAUCAUGUCCGUCGGCGCCAUCUUGCAGACUGCCGCCUUCGGCCUGCCCCAGAUGUUCGUCGGCCGCGUCGUCGCCGGCAUCGGCAACGGCAUCAACACCUCCACCGCCCCCGUCUGGCAGGGCGAGACGAGCAAGGCCAGCUGGAGGGGCAAGCUGAUCGUCAUCGAGAUGAUUAUGAACAUCUUUGGCUUCUCGCUGAGUAACUGGGUGACCUUUGGGUUCUCGUUCCUCCCCGGCUCCGUCUCGUGGCGCGUGCCUUUGGCAUUCCAGUUCCUCUUCAUCAUCAUCCUCUACGGCACCGUCCCCUGGCUUCCAGAGUCCCCUCGCUGGCUCAUCGCCAAGGGCCGCAUCCCCGAGGCCGAACAGAUCCUCGCAGACCUCGAGGACCGCCCCGUCGACGACGCCUACAUCCAGACGCAGUCCAAGGACAUCCAGUGGGCCGUAAACUACGAGCGCGAGAACACCGUCCCGUGGUCCGACCUCCUCCGCGGGCGCACCGGCGAGACCGCCGGCACCGGCACCGUCCGCCGCCUCAUCCUCGGCAUGGGCACCCAGGCCAUGCAGCAGUUCAGCGGCAUUAACGUCACGAGCUACUACCUGCCCCUCGUGCUAAUCAACUCGGUCGGCCUCACCAACAACAUGGCCCGCCUGCUCGCGGCCUGCAACUCCGUCAGCUACCUGCUCUUCAGUCUGAUUGGAAUCCCCAACGUCGAGCGGUGGGGUCGGAGGAAGAUGAUGAUGUACGCCGCGUUCGGCCAGUUCGUCUGCUACGCCGUCAUCACCGUCUGCAUCCGUCACAACGAGAUGGACAGCCUCGCGCCGGCGAUCCGGUCCCAGUGGGCCAAGGCCUCCAUCGCCUUCUUCUUCCUCUACUACGUCUUCUUCGGCAUCGGCUGGCAGGGCGUCCCCUGGCUGUACCCGACCGAGAUCAACAGCUUGUCGAUGCGCACAAAGGGCGCCGCCCUCGGCACCGCGACCAACUGGAUCGUCAACUUCAUGGUCGUCGAGAUCACGCCGCCCGGCAUCACCUCGCUCGGCUGGCGCUUCUACAUCAUCUGGACCGUCUUCAACUUCUCCUUCGUGCCCAUCGUCUACCUCUUCUACCCGGAGACGGCCGACCGCUCGCUCGAGGACGUCGACCGCUUCUUCGCCGACAACCACGACGUCCUCGUCUUCCGCGACAAGGACGCCACCUCCUCCAAGCGCCCGCUCAAGUACGUCGCCCAGGAGGAGGAGGAGAUCCGGAAGCGCAACAGCGGCGUCGUGCCCGGCGAUGUCGAGGACAUGCUGCGCCGCAGGGGCGCCGCGGAGAAGAUCAAGAAGGGAGGGGAUGACGAGGAGAUGGCGUUUGGCGAGCACAAGGAGAGGACCUAA